AUGUCAUACCGCCGCGUGGCAUCUCGCUUCGACCGCGUCAAUCAAUGGCUUCAAUUCUCGAGACAAUGGCAUGUGAUCGAUGCGAAUCAACAGGACGCGGAACUCCUCGGCGACAAGAUUGCCCGUUAUCUGGCCGGUAAGCACAAGCCAAUCUACCAUCCGGAAACCGAUUGUGGCGACCAUGUCGUCGUGACGAAUUGUAAAGAUAUCGCAAUGCACGCAUUCGAUUGGAAACACACAGUUUACAAGUUCAAUAUGGAAUAUCCGAAGAGUAAAGCCGACAUUCCCGCGUGGCAGAUUCACGAAUACGAUCCGUGUCGUAUCGCGUUUUUGAGCGUUUAUAGGUCGCUCGGCAACAAUCUGCUCCGACGUCGUCUAAUCCAACGUCUUCAUCUGUUUCCCGACUCGGAGAUGCCAGAAUUCGUGCGUCAAAACGUCGGAAGUCAACUGCGUCAAGUGCAAGAAGUGGUGAAACGUGCCGACGAAUACACGCCGGAAGAACGCGCGCGCUUCCCGAAAGUCGUAAAAUUCGCCGAGGGACACGUCGUCGACUGGGAGAAGAGCAUUCAGAAUCCGGGAAGACACUCGAAACCGGUCCCCGGACAGAAGGAGAAAUAA